AUCACCCAGUUCCUCCUCCUGGCAUUUGCAGACAGACGGGAGCUGCAGCUCCUGCACUUCUGGCUCUUCCUGGGCAUCUACCUGGCUGCCCUCCUGGGAAACGGCCUCAUCAUCACCGCCAUCGCCUGCGACCACCACCUCCACACCCCCAUGUACUUCUUCCUCCUCAACCUCUCCCUCCUCGACCUGGGAUCCAUCUCCACCACUCUCCCCAAAGCCAUGGUAAAUUCCCUCUGGGACACCAGGGACAUCUCUUACUUGGGAUGUGCUGCACAGCUCUUUUUCUUUGUCUUCUUGAUAACAGUAGAGUUUUCUCUUCUCACUAUCAUGGCCUAUGACCGCUAUGUUGCCAUCUGCCAACCCCUGCACUACGGGACCCUCCUGGGCAGCAGAGCUUGUGUCCACAUGGCAGCAGCUGCCUGGGGGACUGCAUUGCUUUAUUCUCUCCUACACACUGCCAACACAUUUUCCCUACCCCUCUGCGGAGGCAAUGCUGUGGACCAGUUCUUCUGUGAAAUCCCCCAUAUCCUCAAGCUCUCCUGCUCAGGAUCCCACCUCAGGGAAGUUGUGAUUAUUGUGCUUAGUGUCUGUUUAGCUUUUGGGUGUUUUGUUUUCAUUCUUUUCUCCUAUGUGCAGAUCUUCAGGGCCGUGCUGAGGAUCCCCUCUGAGCAGGGACGGCACAAAGCCUUUUCCACGUGCCUCCCUCACCUGGCCGUGGUCUCCCUCUUUAUCAGCACUUCAUUUUUUGCCUACCUGAAGCCCCUCUCCAUCUCUUCCCCAUCCCUGGACCUGGUGGUGUCGUUUCUGUACUCGGUGGUGUCUCCAGCAAUGAAUCCCCUCAUCUACAGCAUGAGGAACCAGGAAAUCAAGGAUCAAGUUUUCAUCAGAGAAGGCAGUGCUAACCAUUCAUUGCCUUCUUCUCCUUGGGCAGGCCCUCAUUACUCAAAGAUGAAGCAAAUGUCCAACAGCAGCUCAGUAACUGAAUUUCUCCUCCUGGCAUUUGCAGACAGACGGGAGCUGCAGCUCCUGCACUUCUGGCUCUUCCUGGGCAUCUACCUGGCUGCCCUCCUGGGAAACGGCCUCAUCAUCACCGCCAUCGCCUGCGACCACCACCUCCACACCCCCAUGUACUUCUUCCUCCUCAACCUCUCCCUCCUCGACCUGGGCUCCAUCUCCACCACUCUCCCCAAAGCCAUGAGCAAUUGUAUCUGGGACAUCAGGGACAUCUCCUAUGCAGGAUGUGCUGCACAAAUAUUUCUGUUUCUAUUUUUUAUAUCAUCAGAGUACUUCCUUCUCACCAUCAUGGCCUAUGACCGCUAUGUUGCCAUCUGCCAACCCCUGCACUACGGGACCCUCCUGGGCAGCAGAGCUUGUGUCCACAUGGCAGCAGCUGCCUGGGGCACUGGGCUGCUCUAUUCUCUCCUGCACAUGGCCAACACAUUUUCCCUACCACUCUGCCAAGGCAAUUCCAUAGACCAGUUCUUCUGUGAAAUCCCCAAGAUCCUCAAGCUCUCCUGCUCACACUCUUACCUGAGGGAAGUUGGGGUUCUUGCGGCUAGUGCCUGCUUAGGAUUUGGGUGCUUUGUUUUCAUUCUUUUUUCCUAUGUGCAGAUCUUCAGGGCUGUGCUGAGGAUCCCCUCUGAGCAGGGACGGCAAAAAGCCUUCUCCACAUGCCUCCCUCACCUGGCCGUGGUCUCCCUGUUUAUCAGCACUGCCAUCUUUGCCUACCUGAAGCCCCCCUCCAUCUCUUCCCCAUCCCUGGACCUGGUGGUGUCAUUUCUGUACUCGGUGGUGCCUCCAGAAGUGAACCCCCUCAUCUACAGUAUGAGGAACAAGGAGAUCAAGGAUGCCCUGAGGAAACUUGUAACAGGAUGA